AUGACAGAGCUCACCCGCAACCUCGCCGGCCUGCGAGGCCUGUAUCAGGACCUGUCUGCAAUCUCGGACUCUUCGCUGGGCAACAUUGAUCGCCUGGUCUACGAAUUGGACGCUCAUAUUCAAGACUUCCGAAGACUCCUAGACAAGCCCACGAAAAACGGUACAAGUCGCCAACAAGUUCUCUCAGGGAAAAUCACUGUUGCCGGUAUACCACACGAAAUCAACCAUGACUUCCAGCAGGGCGCACUACAGCUGGCUGACGCCCUGAACCUCGAUGAGCUACAAGCUGCAGAGAUGUUCUAUGCCGCACAGGAUGAUUCCCAGGUUUUGGAUCGGCCUCCUUUGAUCACUGCCAUUAUGCGAUUCCACGAGCGUCGGUCUUUCCUCCUAGAGUGCCUGCGCCUAAUUUUCCGCGAGGCUAAUGAGGUCGAACGAGAGCGAACUUCGGCUAUCUUGCAUGAUGUUCUUUCCGAUAUCCUGGAGGUCAAAAACAGCACCAUGCAGAAUGCCUCGCUUUAUGCAAGGAAAGGCAUGCAGGCCAUGGCCGACAUCGAAACAUGGCUAUUGCUUCUUGCGGAUCAGGUCCAAAAAGUUUCAGUCAUUGGCUUUGGAGAACACCGCGAAAUCAUGGAGGCUAUUGAAUACCAGCGUCACAGUCUGCAGCAACAGCACGAAUCACUCGGCGCUAUCAUGUUCUACCUGUUCAAGGGCACAUACACAAGCCCGGAGGACUUCCGCGCUCUCGUCGCACAAUUGAAAAAGCUGGAUCGCUUUGAUGGGCUAUUGAUCCAUUAUAUUCCCGUUGCGAUCGCAUCUUUCGUUCAGCAUGGAUCUCCAGAGGGCUCUGGUGUACAGAAGGAUGCUCGAAGUCUGAAUGAAGUUAUUACCAGUAGCAAGGACGGUCAGACCUGGAAAUUACCCACCUUCCAUGCUGCUAUCAUCGCUCUGUGGUUGUCAGUCUACAGCGGGUGGUACUUUGAUGAUGGACCAUCCUCGCCGGUUGCCGGUGCUGACCUGGAAAAAGAAGCGAGGGAACGCACGAAGAUGUUUAUGACUGCCCUUGACGACGGUGCCCUCGAUUUUAUGCUCGCAAUCUGCUCUAGUAUCAACAGUGAAGAAUGGGCUGAUCCAGCACGAACAGAGCUGGUGGCGCUGCUCCUCAGAGAAAGUGUCAUCACAUUACCAGAGCUUGACUCUUGCUCUGAAUACAUGAAGGAGCUUUUGAUGGAAAACUUCGAAGUGUAUGUUGAGUCAUGCAUUGCAAACAUGCCGGAUGCUGUUCGAUUGCUCAAGUCCGAGGAAGACACUCAAAGGUUGGACCAAAUCACUGCUCUGAGAGAUGGCCUGACAUCAAGUCUCCACCGUGGUUUGGUGGAGGCUCGAACUCACCUCGAGUCCCUCCUGAUGAUAAUAUCAUUUUCUUUUGAGCAGCGGCAGGAUGCUGCACAGGAAUUUUGGGCAGAUCCUGAUGGCAACCUUUACGGCUUUCUCCAGUGGGCCUCGAAGCGCCAGACGGUUCCUCGAGUCAGUGCUUUUUGCGAAAUGCUCUGCUCUAUCUCUGAGGGUGAGGAAAAUGCAACUGCCGCGCAUCGGUUUCUGUCGGAGGAAGACAAAUUUAUGGGCUCAAAAUUAAAACGGUCGACAACAAUGAACUGGAUGCAAAUGUUUGCUGAGCUGCGUCUCUAUGCCAACCGAGUCACGGAGAAGCCACAAACUACUACUGCUCAGCAGAGUGCGGUGCGGGCCCGAAAAUCCGAGCCUGUGGAUAUGAGCGAACCUGAGAGCCCAGUCAUGUUGACUUGUUACCUCCGUCUCAUGGGACAUCUGUGCAAGCAAAGCGCAACCAUUCGAGACUGGAUGUUGCAAAAUCAAAACUUCGCCGUUGUGGACACCCUUUUGAAGCUGUGCAGUGGCCCGAUCCCAACACACCUCAGAGCGACUACCUUUUCCACGCUCUCGGCGUUAAUGACCGAUAAGACGUUCGCCAAUGGAAAUGAAAUGUGGCUGCGGGUGGAUGAAUAUUUGUCUAGCGAGCUCCUAGCUUCCUUGUGCAUAGGUAAAGUUCCCAGUAUUUCAAAGGGCGUAUGGCGCCAGCAGCAGGCUUUACAGAUGAUUGGAGAGAGCUUUGAUCAGACCAAUGCACUCGUUGGUUUACUCAAUUCGCUGAUUACCCCGGCGUUCGAUUUGACUGACAACCCUCUGUCGCUUUCUUUCCCGGAAUCAUUGGGCUCGGCGUAUCGCAUGCCAGGCGUUGAACCUUACAUCGACUUUGUCAUGGGACAUGCUGUAUCUCGCAAGAUCCAAGAACUCAAUGAUUACCAGUCCAGCUUGCUUACCUAUAACUGCAUGGAAUUCAUUGUGGCAUGCCUACGAGCCUUCAAUGAGGAUCUUGUCACCAUUCUCAGUCAGCCAUCGCACGCCUCUGAUUACACAGCAACAACUACGGCGCUUACCAGCUACGUUCGACUUCACCCCUUUGCCCGUGUUAUGGAAUGGCUUUUCAAUGAGGACGUCCUCAAAGCCUUGUUCGCAAACAGUAACAAGGAUAUUGCAGAGAUCGCUCAGGCAUCGUCCAAUUCUGUUAUGGUAUUGACUCUUCUCCGCACUAUUGAGGUGAUGAACUUGAUCCUGGAUCUACAGUCCACGUAUUUCAACAUUGUGAAGCCAAUGGUCAAGGUCAGCCCUGCAACGAACAAAAUUAAUGUUGCAAACUCGUCGCUCGCUUCUUUUGAAGAUAGCGUGCUGAACAAUCUGGGUCUUGUGCCUGCGCUAUGCCUCUAUUGCGGUACAGGACACCAACAACUUACUGUUACCUCCAUGACAUUGCUGGAAAAGCUCUCAAGCUCUCGCAAGCUGAACAAGAUGUCGACUCCAGAGAUUUCCAGGUGGCAAUCCUCAAACAAGAUCGUGGAGGUCCUCGCUAGUGAGGUGGAUAUUGACAGCAUAUCCCGUUCGCUCGUGGCGCAGAUGGCACCGGAUGAGAGGGAACUUGAAUGGGGUGCUCAGGCGGCCGGUUAUGUUAUUCGAGAAAGCCUUCUGGCUCUGUUGAACAGUUGCCUCGGAAUGAUCACAGAUCGCCCCACCGUCGCACAUCUUCUACUUGGGUUCGGUUCUGUUGGCAAUAUGCUUGAUGUGCCAUCAGAGGGCCUGUUCGCAAUGCGGUCGUCUCUUUUGCAUGCCAUCAUUGAUUUCCUGCGGGACUAUCCUGAUGAACUUGAUGGUACUAUUGUAUCUUGGACUGUCCACCUCAAACGCGUUGCCUUUGAGGUUCUUCGGCACCUCUGGUCUUCAAAGCUGGCAACAUACUUCACUCUUGGUGAGAUGCGUAUCAGUGGUUUCUUACCGCAUGUGUUCUCUGGACAGACCCUUGUCGGUCCUAACACUGCCUGGCACGGCUUUCCUCUGAUGUCAGAUGAGUUCUGGCUGUCCGAGGCCACGUCAGCCUUGAGUGAAUUCUUGCUUUACAGAAGUCAUUUGUUUGCAUACGCUGCGACGGAAAUUCGCGCGGCAGCCAAGGUCGGGUCGCCUACUCUUCAAGCAGAGACACUCUCAACAUUACUCGGUGACUCUGUUCUGGAUAAUGGCGACUCUAUCAAAACCCACUCCGUCUUCGACCUCUUUGACUUUGCUGAUCUUGAAGUCGCUCGCGAGUUCGAGUUGCCGCAGCUGCAGUUGCUUGGUAACAUUCCUUUCGAUAUCUGCGCCAAGAGGAAGGAGGAUUCGUUCGUGCUCUAUAAUAUUGCUGAACUUGAAGAACUAAUUCAAGUUGAGAAGGCGAAGAUUUUCAACUAUGGAGCGCCCCGGUCUCAAGACGAAGAAUUGUUCAACAAAGAGGCAGAUGCCUUGAAGGCGAUCAUCCACGCGACAAAUCAAUCGCGUCAGAUCCAACAGAACCGAUACCUCGCUCUCCGUUCUUGGGCAGAGCUUGUCACCACCAUAGUCAGCUGCUCUGUCCUAGAUGAUUCAAACAGACCAACAUUCAUUCUGCACUCCAUCCAACUCAUUCUCCCCAAGUUGGAGAUUGCCAUUGAGGGAGACUCACCGGAGGCGAUUGAGCUAGCACGGCUGGCUGAAACCCUCAUUGGUAAACUCGCUUCUGACUUGUCUGCAACUCCUGGCUCGCAGAGCGGCGACGUCAUUGACGAAAAGUUACAUCAGCUCUUCCAAGUAUCUAUGCGCGGCAUCACGUUGGCUACAGGAAAUGUGUCUCUGAGGGAGGUCCUUUACGGAAUCUGCUCUCACUACAUUACUCGCAUCACAACAUCCGAGUCGGUUCAUGCCGGUCUGCAACGGCAUAGUCAGCAAGUGAUCAAGACAGCCGGGCCUGGUCUUGUCGAGAUCAUCUGUGACGACGCAUAUACUGGCCAGGAGGCUUGUCGAGCUGCCGCUUUGCUUCUCCUGAACUGUCUGGCGGUUCUGGACAGUCGCACUGAUUGUGUUCUCGCGGAAUUGAUCUCACAGUCCAACUAUCUCAGCUUGUUCCUGGAUGCCGUUAGAUCCUUGCCACAUGAAUUACGCAAUGCCCCAGCAAAUGAUACCCCCGCUCUCUUGGCAUUCUAUGAAUCCCUGCUGGCUUUGCUUCAGCUACUUUCUCAGACCAAGAAUGGCGCGAUCUUUGUUCUCAAAUCCGGUCUUUUCGAGUCAGUGCGAGAGUCACAAUUGUUCUCUGCUGAUCCCGACAUUGGCAUAGAUAUUGACAACCCCGAUUCCCUACGAAAGUUCUACGAUCUCCUUUUAUCUGUGAUCCGUGUCAUCGUAUCUGCGGUCUUCUCUCGGGGAGUGCACAAUGAGCAGAUCAAGGCCCAAACUCGAGCCUUUAUCGCUGAAAACCGGCCAUGCAUGGUGGGAGUGUUCAAGCGAUUUGCCAGGAUUGGGGGUGAUGCACCGGUUGGCCACCAGGACGCCUUGUGUGAACUUGUCAAGUCUUUUAUGGCACUUGUGGCGGCCUCUGAUUACGUCGAAUUUGAAGAAUCAGAGGUGCAGCAAACUGUUCGGCCUGGCUUAUUUUCAUGA